AAACAGACCCAUGAUGCUGAGCUAUUGCAAAAACCCUUUGCCACAAAAUCCACUCUCGCCAGCUGUGACUUCGAUGACACAGAGAGCCCUUUCUGUGACUGGACCCAAUCUGAGGGCAAUGGUGGGCAGUGGCUCCGAGGUGAUGGGCCAAAGCCUGGCCAGAGUCCUGGCCCUCCAGGAGGAAGGCCUGAACGGAGAGGAUAUUACAUCUACCCAGAAGCAGGAAAAUCAGCCCAGUUGGAAAGCCCAGCUCUGGAUCCAGACGCCACUGAGCUCUGCAUGGAGUUCCUCUAUUAUCUGUACAGCUUUGGGGACAAGGCUCAGCUGGCAGUUCAAGUCCAGGAUGCUUUGGGGAACAUCUCCACCCUGUGGACUCGAGGAGGGCUGCAGAGUUCAGCCUGGCUGGUUGGAAGCGUGAAUGUACAGAGCCCAGUUCAGCGUCCUUUUAAGGUUGUGUUCGCAGCCACACAGGUUGACACCAAAGAAAUCGAUAUGGCCCUGGACACGGUCUCCAUCAGGCUUGGGCCUUGCACACCCUGCGUGACCGGUUGCGACUUCGACACUCCAGACGACCUCUGUGGAUGGGAGAACCCAGCUGACGGGGAUGUCCAGUGGGAGCCAUGGCUUGGGCAAGGCGAAGAGCCUGGUGUGGGGCCCGAGGAUGACUUCUCCAGACCAGGAUUUGGCUCCUACAUGUUGCUGAAUGCGUGGGUCCCAGAAAGCACUGGGUCGGCCCUUCUCAGAAGCCCUCCUUACCAGUCCCAGGGGGGCUGCCUCUCCCUCAGCUUCUAUUACACUCUGCAUGGCGUUGGCAAUGACACAGUGCUGAAGGUGUAUGUGGCACAGGUGGCAGCAGGGGGAGAACUGGGGUCCCCCUUGUUAACCCUCAGUGGGGAGCAUGGGCCCAACUGGACUCCAGGAACGGUCAAUUAUACUGGGAUAGCUGACAUCCAGUUUGUUCUUGAAGGUACCUUCAGAGGGAAACCUGGUCUGGCGGUGGACAGCGUUCAGGUCUCUCCAUGUGAAGAGAUUUUCACCCAGUGUGACUUCAAUGACAAUGCCAAUCCCUUCUGUGGCUGGGUCAAUUCUGGUGACAAUGCCGUCACAUGGACACGGACGAACCAGUCCACUCCGACAGAAGAAACUGGGCCCCCGGGGGACUACCCCAAUGGAGAGGGCUACUACAUCUACGUGGAAGGAGGUUCCUUGGUACCAGGCCAGUCCGUCCGUCUGACCAGCCGGGCCUUCUGCACAGACACCGAAGCGUGUGUUGAAUUCUACUAUUACAUGUAUGGCAUUGUGGAGGUCCAGACGCAGCUCCGGGUGCUGGCAGAGGGGCCUUCUGGAAUGGUGGCCCUGCUGUGGACCCGGACUGGGAUACAAAGCCCCACUUGGCUCUUGGGAUCUGUGACAGUCCCAUAUGGUGGACCUCAGCCAAGCAAGGUGCUUUUUGAGGUGGUGAGAGGGAACAACCCUUAUCUUGACGUGGCGUUGGACAACAUCUCUGUGCGUCGAGGACCCUGCACAGGCUCUGGGACUCCAGUUCCUCCGACCAGUUCCUCAACUGCCAGGCCAACCCACACUGGCCCUGCUGUGACCAUACCACCUGUAGGCCCCAUGACAUCGCACCCCACCACUGUCAGCCAGCCUGGCCCUUCACCCACAAGCCAUGUGGUGACAACAACGACCCAUGGUAGACCCACCACCACCACACCCCAAAGCUCCACGGUGACUGAGCCCCAUCCUACCACUGUCAGGCCCACGGCAGGCAGGACCACAACCAUUCCCACAGCACCCCCCUCCACUAGCACAGGGCCCGUGGCCCCAACUGUUGGCAGCCCCAGUCCUGCCACCAUCACCCAGAGGACCAGCCCCAUCACCUCCACCACCAGCAGCACUGUUGGGAGCUCUCCUAGCUCAGCUGCCCCCACAGGAGACAGCCACGUCAGCAGUACCAGUCCAGCUACCUCAGACCAGGAAAGCCAGACCUCAUCUGGGGUCCCUGGUAGAACCACACCAGUGAGCCAUACAACCUCAGCUGCUGCUUCCACCACCAGUGCCUCCAAGACGACCACAAUUGGCACAACAGCUAGUCACGGCAACACAACCAGCUCUGCAAGCCACACACAGCCUCCUGUCACUAGCCCUGCCAGCAGUAGUCAACCAACAACCACCACUGGCCACACUAGUCUGGCUGUGAGUACUUUUACCACUAGUUCCCACACAACCGUGGGCAACCACACCACUCCUGGCCACAGCCAAACAAGCACCACCACCCACAGAACAUCAGCCACUACCAGCUCCACGAGUCUGGCCCCCACCCCCACAACAAGUGAUUCCACAACAAGCACAACCAAAACAACAGUCAACCAGGACAACACAACUGUGUCCACUAGCGCCAGCCUCUCUACUGGCCACACCCAGCUGCCUAUCACUAGCCCUGCCAACAGUAGCCGACCAAGCACCACCACUGGCCACACCAGUCGUCUCACCACCAUGGGCAACCACACCACUCCUGGCCACAGCCAAACAAGCACCACCACUCAUGGAACAUCAGCCACUACCAGCUCCACUAGUCUGCCCCCCACCUCCACAACAAGUGAUUCCACGACAAGCACAACCAGGACAACAGCUAACCAGAACAACACAACUGUGUCCACUAGCGCCAGCCUCUCUACUGGUCACACCCAGCUGCCUAUCACUAGUCCUGCCAGCAGUAGCCAACCAAGCACCACCACUGGCCACACUAGCAGUGUUACAACUACUCGCUACAGCAGCAGUCAUCCCUCCAGUACCACCACAGGGCAGACCAGUCCAAAGGUCAGCACUCCUGCUCCCACUCAUUCCAGUACACCCCCGUUGCCAACCAACUCUACAAGCCACACCCAGCUGCCCGUCACUGGCCACAGUACCACCACUGGCCACACCAGUCUACCUGUGAGUUCUUUUACCACCAGUCCCCUCACCCAACGUCCCAGCACCACUGCAGGUGCCACCAGCCGUGUUACAGCUGCCACUUACACCAGCCAUCACCCCUCCAGUACCUUCCCAGUCCACCCCAGUCCAAAUAUUGGCACCACUGCAAGCCACCCAGACCUCAGCAGCCCCAGUCCCACCUCAGUGGGUAGCCCCACUUCGAGCCAUGCCAAUCUUACCACCCCCAGCUCCAUCACAACCACGCCGCUCACCACCCCUGGCCAUGUUUCAAGCAGCCCUGCCACCACCAGUAGCUCCAGAAUGACCACUUCACAAACCACUCUCCAGACCAGCCCCACUCUCACUAGUCCCAGCAGCACAGCAGCCACCAUCCACAUCACUUCAGCCCUCACCGAGCCUCCUGGAACCAGCCCCACAACCACCUCUCCAGGCUCCCCAACAAGCAGACACCCCAGCCCUGCCAUAACCAGGACCACGGGUCAUGGUACCCCUACCCCCACUGUCCCCCUUCUGACCAGCUCCACCACCAGCACCACACAGGUCCAUGUGAGCCCCACCACCCAGCACACAACCACUGUUGGCCAUGCCAACAUUACAUCCACCAGUAAAAGUACCACAACUGUGACCAGCACCAGGCCCACAUCUACAACCCCAGGUGGUGGCCACAUUAGCCCCACCACAGUUGGCCACACAGGUCCAAUCAGUAGCCAAGCCACUGCUACAACCACUACUGUCACCCCAGCUACAAGCACUGUCAACAUUGCCUCCACCAGUCAAGCCAGUCCUGCCACCAGCACCCCACAGAUAAGGACAACCACCCCAACCCCAGACACCACUAGCCACGCAGUCACUGCGUCUAGGCAGACCACUGUCACCAUCACUGAAAAAAGCAGCACAAAAAUGCCUGUUGGUCCAGAUGCGACAACCACAGCAGCAGCACUUCAAACAACCACAGCAAGGCCCAUCCCCACACUAGGGGCCUCCACAGGGACCAAAGUCACGACCACCACUCCCGUCACACCUCCAGAUCAAGUGAUCUGCACCAUCUCUGGAGACCCUCAUUACACAACGUACGACGGCCGCCUCUUCCACUUCAUGGGCACCUGCACCUACCUGCUCUCUGCCCUCUGCAAUGCCACAGCAGACCUUCCCACUUUCAGGGUCCAAGCAACCAACGAACACCGGGGAGCCAAUAAGCAGGUUUCCUACGUCAAGUCCAUCAGCGUGGAGGUCUACGAGACCCAGAUCGUGCUGCUGAAAUCACGGAGAGUCAUGGUGAAUGGGCAGAGAGUGACCUUGCCGAUUUCUGUGGCCAUGGGCCAGGUGUCGGUGCGUCUCAGUGGCACUUUCGUUUUGGUCCAAACUGAUUUUGGCUUCUCCGUGCGGUUUGAUGGGAAUCACCACGCCGAAGUCUCUGUCCCACCAUCCUACUACGGACAAGUUUGUGGCCUCUGUGGGAACUACAAUGGGCAAGUGACGGAUGACAACCUCAUGCCUAAUGGCACCUCAGCUGGGAGCAGUGCUGACAAGCUUGGAGAGAGCUGGCAGGUCCCGGAUGCUGGAGAUGCUGGCUGCAGCAACUCAGGGGACCCAGGAGAGUGUGACAAGGACAUUGCGGCUGAAGCGGAGAAACCCACCAGUUGUGGUAUCCUCACAGACCCCCAAGGUCCGUUUGCCCCAUGCCACAGCAAAGUGCCUCCCGAGGGGGCAUUUGAGAACUGUGUCUAUGACCUCUGUGGCACUGGCGGGGAUGCGGGCACCCUCUGCUUCGCACUCCAGUCCUAUGCUGACCGUUGCGCCCAAGCCGGGAUCACCAUCGCCUGGAGGAACAACAGCUUCUGCCCCUUAAACUGCCCCCCCGGGAGCUCCUAUGUGCCCUGCGGCCCGGCCUGCCCGGCUACCUGCAGGGACGCCCCCUCCCAGGACAGCUGCUCUGGCCUGCCGUGCGUCGAGGGCUGCGUCUGCGACGAGGGCCGCGUUCUCAGCGGAGACCAGUGCGUCCCCAUUGACCAGUGCGGCUGUACAGACACCAGUGGCCAAUAUCAUCCGGUUGGAGAGAGCUGGAUGGGGAACAGUGAGUGCACCCAGCGCUGCACCUGUGGCACUCUCAACAGCAUCACCUGCCAGGAGUGGAGCUGCAGCCCCAUCCAGGAAUGCCGGCCCCUGGAAGGGCUGAUGGGCUGCCAGGACACAGGAGUGGCCGCUUGCCACGUGGCUGGGGACCCACACUACUACACUUUUGAUGGCACCAUGGUCUCCUUCAUGGGCACCUGCACCUACACCCUGGUGACCCUGUGCCACAGUGACCCUCGCCUCCCAUCCUUCAACAUCACGGCCAAAAAUGAGGAGCGCGGCCAGCCCGAAGCCUCCUACCUCCGCCUUGUGACUGUGGAGGUGGCCAGGCACACCGUCACCUUGCAGAAAAACCGCCGCGUUCUGAUUGAUGGCCAGCGCGUGCGGACCCCCGUGGAGGGGCGCAUCCCAGGUGUGUCUAUCACAUCCAGUGGCAUCUACGUCGUCCUGGAAACAGAUUUUGGUCUGGUGGUGAAGUUUGAUGGAAACCAUCAUUUGGAGAUCCAGCUGCCUGGCACUUAUUUCGACAAGGUGUGUGGCAUGUGUGGAAACUUCAAUAACCAGACCCAGGAUGACCUUUUGAUGCCGAAUGGCCACCUGGCCACCAACGACAGCCAGUUUGGAAACAGCUGGAAAGCCCCCGGAGAUGCGGAUCCAGGCUGUCAGCCGGACGACCGAGAGGACCUGGAGCCCAGUUGCUCCCAAGAAGAGAUGGAGCGCCUGCGCUCCUUGUGCCUCGAGGUCCUGCAGCCCAAGUACCAGCCCUGCCAUGGCAUCAUCGACCCACAGCCCUUUGUCCAGAACUGCUUCUUUGACAUGUGCGAGUACCAGGGCAUGGCCUCCGUCCUCUGCGACAUCAUCCAGUCCUAUGUGGAAGCCUGCAAAAGCCAAGGCGUGACCGGCCUCUCCUGGAGAAACAGCACCUUCUGCCCGCUCCCCUGCCCACUGCACAGCCAUUACACGGAGUGUGCCUCUCCUUGCCCUGCCACCUGCUGCAACCUCUAUGCGCCGGCCAGCUGCCAGAGCCGCACUACCUGCGUGGAGGGCUGCACUUGCGACCGGGGCUACGUGCUCAGCGAUGACAGCUGCGUCUCCAUGCGCGACUGUGGAUGCCUAGACAGUCAGUACGAGUACCAUAGCCCUGGAGACACAUGGGUGACCACCGACUGUCGCCAACACUGCACCUGCAACGGGAACGGACACAUCACCUGCCACACCUUUGAGUGCCUCCCUGGAUCCCUCUGCACCCUCAGCAGCACUGGCCUCCGCUACUGCCAACCCACCAAAUUCCACCAGUGUGUGAUAUCCGGAGACCCGCACUACCGCACUUUUGACAACUUUGUCCACCACUUCCAAGGCCGGUCCACUUAUGCCUUGACUCAGACCUUGGAAGACCUACCGGUGUCUCUCGUCCCCUUCUCCGUGGCAGGCAGGAACCGGCGCCGUUUCCCCUUGCACCGCUUCUCCUUCCUCCGCGAGGUCUACAUCUCCGUGUACGGCCACAGCAUCACCCUCAUGCAGAAGCGCAAGAUGGCGGUGGACGGCCUGGCAGUCACUCCUCCCUACUCCACCCAGGAUGGGAGUCUCCAAAUCACACAGAGCGGGCGCAGACUUCUCCUGCAAACGGAUUUUGGGUUGUCAGUCUCUUUCGAUGGCAGGGAUUUUGCUGAGAUCAGCCUACCCAGCACAUACCAGGAUUACGUGGGUGGACUCUGUGGGAAUUACGAUGGGCGACGGAACAAUGAAUAUAUGAAACCAGAUGGAACCUGGACUCGGUUCCUGAACACCUUCGGCAACAGCUGGCAGGUCUCUGUCCGAAGGGAGAUGAAGGCUGGAAGCCAUAGCCGCCUCAGGCGCGAGGAGCCAUCAGAUGAGGUCGAGACAGGAUUCGAAAUCGACUGCAGCCCUGAGCAACUGAUGUUUGUGAAUGGGACAGAUGCCUGCGGGGCCUUGUCAGACCCCCAGGGGCCCUUUGCGGCUUGCCACAGCAUCCUUUUGCCUGACACUUUCCAAGAGAGCUGCGUCUACGAUCUCUGUGCUUUGUUCAACGAUACAGAGCUCCUGUGCCAAGACUACGAAGCCUAUGCCCAGGUCUGCCAGGAGGAAGGCGUAACGCUGGGGCCGUGGAGGCAGGAAACGGGAUGCGCGGUGUCGUGCCCGCCUCACACGACUUACCAAUCUUGCAUGACCGCCUGCCCCGCAAGCUGCGCCAACAUGGCAGCCCCCUCGGACUGCGAAGCCCCUUGCGUAGAGGGCUGCGCCAGCGACCCUGGCUACAUCCUCAGUGGGCUGGACAGUGUGCCUUACAACCAGUGCGGCUGCACCAGUAAUGACCAGUAUUACCAGAUCAAUGACACCUUCUGGACGGACAACUGUUCCCAGCUCUGCACCUGCCGAAACACAGGGACUCUGGAGUGCCAGGCAGGUGGAUGCGCCUCCGGGGAGAUCUGUGCCCUGGCAAACUACACACUUGGCUGCUUCCAAGCGAGUGCCUGCCUCAGCAACCCUUGUCAGAACGAAGGGACGUGUCAGGAUACCUCAGAAGGGUUCCUCUGUUCUUGCCUGGAGGGCUAUGCAGGACUCUUCUGUGAGGAGACCCAGGGGGACGAAUCUCCCACGGCAGCCCUUCCCCUGGAGACCUCCACUGUGCCCCCCACAUCUCCCCCGUCAGAUGCAGAAGAGAACAACCAUCUCACAGCCAUCCUUCUGGGGGUCUUCAUUCCUCUUGGGAUCCUAGUGAUCAUGGUGGGAACAAUCUGCUUCUGUCGGCAGCGGAACAGGAGGGAGAUGAAGGAAGACCGCACUGCUGUCUUGUCCGUUGCAGGGCAAAUCAGUGCUUCAGGUCCGUCCAGCGAAAGGAUCACUCACUUCUGAGUUUCUGGAUCUCUUACUGAGAAGAUCCCUUCUCUCACCCAUUUGUCCGAGCUGAAAGCGUUCAAUAAGGGACCCUUGCUUCAGAUUGUCCUAAUUAUCAGGGCCCCUUGCUUCAGGUUCCCAUGAAGGAUCCUCACCUUGCUUUUCUGGACCCUGACCGGCUGGGAGGGAAAAAAAGAAAGGGAAGAGAACCGCUUGGAAAGGACACAGACACGAACCUGCACCUGCCACUUUGUCCACUUUUGCCUCCAUUGGCACAAACAGAUCUGCGGAGACUUGUGUUGCUUCCAGGGAGACUCUGAUCUCAUGCUAGGGACAGUCCUGCCAUAACUUUUGUGUCUGGAACAUGUGGAAGACUCAUGGCUAUAGAAAAACAUGUCAAUAAAAGUGGGUCGUAUCGCUCACCAA